AUGGGUCCAGUGAAAGACCAAGGAUACUAUUUGCAGCAGAGAUUAUAUCUGCCAUCAGAUACAGAAAAAAAACGACACAAAAAAGCAGAAUAUUCCAUACAAGAUAUUGUUGAUUUUACGAAUCCAGAAGAACGCACCCGCCGAAAAAAGGAUAAACACUACUGUUAUCCUUGGAUGGUGUCAUCAGGUUUGGAGUAUGUUCGUAGGGCUGGGAUCGAACGAGAAGAAUCUCGGCCAUACCAUGCGUACAAGACUUGUCAAAAAGAUGUACCCACGCCAUCUUAUUCAAAGCUUAGUUACAUCUCUGAAGUGGUGUGGUUGAACAAAAUCGGAUGCUAUACUAACGUUACAUUUCUGCCUGUAUACCCAUUUUUUUGCCAGAAUAUGAAGAACUCGGAGAGGGAAUCUACCAUGGCCUGA